UCGCCAGUGGAGCACCCCUCUAGCUUCUUGGUCUCCAAGACGGAAGCUCAGGCUCUUCUCUUGCAUUAGCCAAACUUGCUUUCCCGCCUCGAAAACUCAGGCUUCCCUUUACUCCUAGCUCUUUUCCCACUUUCCCCUCUUCUGUCUCCCACGCCACAAACCCCGGUCCCCCAUUCCUUUUCCCCGCCCUCUUCCUUCUCCUCUCCCCCCCUUCAACUUCUUGUCCGCUUCCACCUCAGACACCUAGAGCGUGCCUAACUCAUACGCCUGCUCCUGUUCCGCUCGAAGUCAUGGCGGGACCUGGGGGUUGGAGGGACAAGGAGGUCACGGAUCUGGGCCACUUGCCGGAUCCAACUGGAAUAUUCUCACUGGACAAAACCAUUGGCCUUGGUACUUAUGGAAGAAUCUAUUUGGGACUCCAUGAAAAGACGGGUGCAUUUACAGCUGUUAAAGUGAUGAAUGCUCGUAAGACCGCUUUACCUGAAAUAGGAAGGCGAGUGAGAGUGAAUAAAUAUCAAAAGUCUGUGGGAUGGAGAUACAGCGAUGAGGAAGAAGAUCUCAGGACUGAACUCAACCUUUUGAAGAAGUACUCUUUCCACAAAAACAUUGUGUCUUUCUAUGGUGCAUUUUUCAAGCUGAGUCCCCCUGGCCAGAGGCACCAACUUUGGAUGGUCAUGGAGUUGUGUGCAGCAGGCUCAGUCACCGAUGUAGUGAGAAUGACCAGAAAUCAGAGUUUGAAAGAAGAUUGGAUUGCUUAUAUCUGCCGAGAAAUCCUUCAGGGCUUAGCUCAUCUUCAUGCACACCGCGUAAUUCACCGGGAUAUCAAAGGUCAGAAUGUGCUGUUGACUCAUAAUGCUGAGGUAAAACUAGUGGAUUUUGGAGUGAGUGCCCAGGUGAGCAGAACUAAUGGGAGGAGAAAUAGCUUCAUCGGGACACCAUACUGGAUGGCACCUGAGGUGAUUGACUGUGACGAGGACCCAAGACGCUCUUAUGAUUACAGAAGUGAUGUGUGGUCCGUGGGAAUCACUGCUAUUGAAAUGGCUGAAGGGGCUCCUCCACUGUGUAACCUUCAGCCCUUGGAAGCCCUCUUCGUUAUUUUGCGGGAAUCUGCUCCCAAAGUCAAAUCCAGUGGAUGGUCCCGCAAGUUCCACAAUUUCAUGGAAAAGUGCAUGAUAAAAAAUUUCCUAUUUCGUCCUACUUCUGCAAACAUGCUUCAUCACCCAUUUGUUAGGAAUAUAAAAAAUGAAGGACAUGUUGUUGAGUCACUAAAGAAGCAUCUUACUGGAAUCAUUAAAAAGAGACAGAAAAAAGGAAUACCUCUGAUCUUUGAAAGAGAAGAAGCUAUUAAGGAGCAGUACACCAUGCGAAGAUUCAGAGGACCUUCUUGUACUCAUGAGCUUCUGAGACUGCCAACUAGCAGUAGAUGUCGACCACUUAGAGUCCUACAUGGAGAACCCUCUCAGCCAAGGUGGUUACCUGAUCGAGAAGAGCCACAGGUCCAGGCACUUCAGCAUCUGCAGGGAGCAGCCAGGGUGUUCAUGCCACUACAGGCUCAGGACAACGCACCUAGGUGUCUAAACGGGCAAACCCAGGCAUCUCAGCGACUACAAGGGGCAGCUCGGGUGUUCAUGCCACUACAGGCUCAGGUUAAGGCUAAGACAUCUAGGCCCCUACAGAUGACAAUUAAGGCACCUCCACGACUACGGAGGGCAGCCUGGAUGCUCAUGCCACUACAGGCUCAGGUUAAGGCACCAAGGCCUCUACAGCUACAGGCCCAGGUACCCAAAAAGCAGCAGGCUCAGGCCCAGGCAUCAGAAGAGCCUCAGGAUCUGGACCAGGUACCAGAGGAAUUUCAGGGGCAAGAUCAGGUACCUGAACAACAAAGGCAAGGCCAGGCCCCUGAACAACAGCAGUGGCAGAACCAGGUACCUGAACAGCAUCUGGAGCAGAACCUAGUACCUGAACAGCCAAACAUACAGGAACAGGCUGCUGAGCCCACACAGGCAGAGACUGAGGCAGAGGAACCUGAGUCAUUACGAGUACAUGCGCAGGUGUUCCUGCCCCUACUGUCACAGAACCACCACGUGCUGUUGCCACUACAUUUAGAUACUCAGGUACUCAUUCCAGUAGAGGGGCAAACCAAAGGGUCACCCCAGGCACAGGCCUGCACACUAGAGCCCCCACAGGCAGUUGACUCAGUUCAAGCACUGAUAGAGGGGCUAUCAAGAGACUUACUUCGAGCACCAAACUCACAUAACUCAAAGCCACUUGGUCCACUGCAAACCCUGAUGGAAAACCUGUCAUCAAACAUGUUUUACUCUCAACCAGAACAGGCUCAGAAGAAAAAAUCAAAGGUUUAUAGUCUAAGGCAGGCACUGGCAAAACGAUUAUCACCAAAGAGGUUCCGGACAAAGUUAUCACGGAGACCUGAAGAGUUUGAGCUCUCAGAUUUAGGAGCCCACAGGCGAAGGCGCCAACACAGAUGGGAGGAUAUCUUUAAUCAACAUGAGGAAGACUUGAAACAAGUUGCAAAUGACAAAGAAGAUGAAUCAUCAGACAAUGAUGAAGUAUUUCAUUCAAUUCAGGCUGAAGUCCAAAUAGAACCAUUGCAGCCAUACUUCCCAAAUCCUAAAGGAAAUGAGGUCCAAGAAAGAUCUACUUCUCUGUCUUACAACCAGGAUCGUGCACACCACGUCAAGUUCUCUUCAAGUGUUCCUCAGCGGUCUCCUUUGGAACAAGCUCAGAAGCCUACUGACACCAGACAAAAGAGUUCGCAAAAUCCUCAGAAUUGUUCAGCAACAUCAGAAUCUUCUGAGGAAGAGAGCCCUGUAAUUGGGAGAAGGUCCCAGUCAUCACCGCCUUAUUCUACUAUUGAUCAGAAGUUGCUGCUUGACGUCCAUGUUCCAGAUGGAUUUAAAGUAGGAAAAAUAUCACCCCCAGUUUACUUGACAAAUGAAUGGGAAGGCUAUAAUGCACUCUCUGAAAUCUUCCGGAAUGAUUGGUUAACUCCCUCAUCUGUCAUUCAGCCUCCUGAAGAAAAUGGUGAUUAUGUUAAAGUCUAUGAUGCUGGUGUUGAUACUGAUGGUGAUGAUGAUGAUUCUGAUGAUGUGUAUGAAGAUAGCUAUGGCCAUGACAAUGGCAGUGAUGCCUUGGAUAUACAAGUUGGUCAGGCUAAUGAUGUUGAUGAAGACCCUAGUGACGAUGGCAAUGAUGAGGCUGUUGAUGACAAAGGCAAUAAUCAUGAUGAUGCUACUAGUUGGCCAAGCUAUGGUAGAGGUGGGAGCUGGAAGAAAAACGGUAGAGAUGAGAGUGAUGGAGGAGAAGGAACCUGCAGCAGCUAUGGAAGCCCGAGAGCCAGGAGAAGCCAUGGAGGAUGCGCAGUCAGUGGUGGCAAUGCAACUGUUGGAGACCAAGAAGGACAUAGAGCCAAUAUAGGAAGCAGAAGAAGAAGCAAAAAGAACGAUGGGGGUAGAGGAGUCAGUGAAACCAAUGAAGAGAGUGAUGCCCUUGAACUCAAUGAAGGAGAAAAUUGCUCAGAGAGAGACGGUCCAGAAUUGGAGAGACCAGCAUCUGAGGACUUCGAACACGAACAAGAGGAGUCACUUGGUAGAAGUGAGGACUCAAAUGUCAUUGCCUCAGGUGCUGCGGGUGCAGCACCUGAUGGUAAGAAUGACAGUAUAGACAUAUCAGAAGCAACAACAGAAUCGGGUUCUUCUGCCAGCCACUCAUCUCCUUCCAGCGUUUCUGGGAGCGCUGCAAAUGCGGACUUUGCUAGUGCCACCUUAUAUGCUGGAUUAGUGGAAGUAACUGAGAAAUCACCUAAGAAACCCUUUGAAGUGAAUAUUAACCCACUGUAUGUCUCUCCUGCAUGUAAAAAACCACUAAUCCACAUGUAUGAAAAGGAAUUCUCUUCUGAGAUACGCUGUGGUUCUUUGUGGGGAGUGAAUUUGCUGUUGGGAACCCGAUCUAAUCUGUAUCUGAUGGACAGAAGCGGAAAGGCAGAUAUUACUAAACUUAUAAAAAGAAGACCAUUCCGUCAGAUUCAAGUUGUAGAGCCACUCAAUUUGCUGAUUACCAUCUCUGGACGUAAGAACAGACUUCGGGUGUAUCAUUUGACCUGGCUGAGGAACAAGAUUUUGAAUGAUGAUCCGGAAAGUAAAAGAAGACAAGAGGAAAUGCUAAAGACAGAGGAAGCCUGCAAAGCUAUUGAUAAGUUGACAGGCUGUGAACACUUCAGUGUUCUCCAACAUGAAGAAACAACAUAUAUUGCAAUUGCUUUGAAAUCAUCAAUUCACCUUUAUGCUUGGGCACCAAAGUCCUUUGAUGAAAGCACUGCUAUUAAAGUAAUAUGCAUUGAUCAAUCAGCAGACUCUGAAGGAGACUACAUGUCCUAUGAAGCCUAUAUACGAAUACUGGCAAAAAUACAGGCAGCUGAUCCAGCGAACCGUUUUAAGAGACCAGAUGAGCUCCUUCAUUUGCUGAAGCUCAAGGUAUUUCCAACACUUGGUCAUAAGCCAGUGACAGUUGACCUGGCUAUUGGUUCUGAAAAAAGACUAAAGAUUUUCUUCAGCUCAGCAGAUGGAUAUCACAUCGUUGAUGCAGAAUCUGAGGUUAUGUCUGAUGUGACCCUGCCAAAUAACCCCCUGGAAAUCAUUAUACCACAGAAUAUCAUCAUUUUACCUGAUUCCUUGGGAAUUGGCAUGAUGCUCACCUUUAAUGCUGAAGACCUGUCUAUGGAAGCAAAUGAACAACUCUUCAAGAAGAUCCUUGAAGUGUGGAAAGACAUACCAUCUUCAGUAGCUUAUGAGUGUACACAGCGAACCACAGGAUGGGGGCAAAAGGCAAUUGAAGUCCGCUCUUUGCAAUCAAGUCUUUUGGAAAGCGAACUGAAGCGCAGGUCAAUUAAGAAGCUGAGAUUUCUGUGUACCCGAGGUGACAAGCUGUUUUUUACCUCUACCCUGCGCAAUCGCCACAGCCGGGUUUACUUUAUGACCCUUGGAAAACUUGAAGAGCUCCAAAGCAAUUAUGGUGUUUAAAAGGUUCCAAUGAUUUAUUACAACAUUUACAAACAUCAUAAAUAAGCAAUUUGCAUCUUAAAUUUUCUGAGAUUAAAUGAGCAUUCAGUUUUAUUAUUAAGGAAAAAUUAAAUCAGAUACUUUACUUUUAAUGUAGCACAGAAUAGUUUUAAUGAGAAAUGCAGCUUUAUAUAUAAAAUUAACUAUAGCAAGCUCUAUGUACUCCAAUGGUGUACAAUGUCUUUUGUACAAACUUUGUAACUUUUGUUACUGUGAAUUCAAACAUUAUUCUUUGGACAGUUUGGACAGUAUCUGUAUUCAGAUUUUAUAACAUGGAGUAAAGAAACCUGUAAUGAGUUAGAUUUUAAGGAGUUUUCAGAAGAAUUGGCAUUGAAUGAGGUUUUUCAGAAAAAAAUUAAAAUAGCAGCAAACCAUAUACGAAUUUGCAAAGUGUAAAGAACCAAAGUUUGUAUUACGAAAUGAAAAUAAUAGGACUAUGCUAUAAACAGGCAUGGUUAUAGCAACCUGCAUGCCUGAACAACCUGCAUGCCUGGAGAAAACCACAGUGAUAAAGGGGAAAAAGCCUUUAAAGUAGUAAAGUAUUUUCUCAUUGCUCCAUGACAGUUAAGCCCACAGUUGGAGACCAGUUGUGUUUUUUCUCACCCCAUGUUAAGCUGGUUUUCUCCCAGUAAGAAGAAAGGAAGAAAACCUCAGAAGCUUUAUUUUCCUCAGAACCCCCAUAUAUGUGCAAUAGCUUUGUGAAAACCACCAAAUAAUACACUUGCAAGCCUGAAUACAAUACUGAACUCCUAUACACAUGUACUGUAGAGUUAGUUUUUUUUUUUUUUUUUUUCUUUAAAUACUUUAAAGUAGGCGUCAAAUUCUACCCCCAAGGACACACUAGUUGAUUUAUCAAAAUUCUUCUUUGGCCAACUGUGUGACCAUCAGACAGCGUUAAAUAUUUUCCCAAUCCCAGAUUAAAUUAUAUAAAAGUUUCCCUAAAAAAAAGUAACAAAUAACUUUGGUGGCUAAAACGUGGGGUUUUUUGUUUUUGUUUUUUUGGUUGUUUGUUUGUUUUUUAUGUUUAUAUUUCUGUAAGAUCGGAAAUUAAGCUAAAAGUUGUAAGUCCACAUGUGGGGACUUAAUAGUACAGGUUAAAAAAAAAUGAAAAGAUUUUGAAAAAAAUACAAUUUGCUCAAAUACCUAAGUCCACAAAUUCAGAGUAGUAAAAAUCAUGCUAGUUUCUCACCCCUAUGUGUUACAGAUGCCAUAUACAAGUGGUGUUUGGUCACCUAUGGUAACUGCUACCUGGUGUAAAGCAUAAUUUCUACAUAUCCAUCCUCAAUAACAUGGUUAGUUCUGGGGCAAUAGAGGCAACAGAACUACCACAAAAUAUACCUCAGUAUAAUUCCUCUAGUUCUGCUUCUAAAAUCUGAAGACAGUGCUGGUGGGAUCAUAAUUUUCAAACUACCUGGUUAACCAAAAUACAAAAGCAGCUGAUUAUAUGUGCUUUCAUGAUAGCACAUUAUUUUCUUGGCACCUUGGUGCCAGGAAUGAUGAUUUGGAUUUUCCUAGCAACUGAUAUCAAGAGUUUAGUAGCUCAGUAAUGAGAAUGUAGGAGAACCUGAAUCCAUGAAUUAAAGAAAUAAAUGUGAUUCACAUUUCUGUUACUGUGACACAAUAAUGUGAUCCUAAAACUGGCUUAUUCUUGAGUGUUUACAAUUCGAAUGACUUUUUAAAUGCAGUAGUUUAAAGAGAAAAAAAAAACUUUUAUGUCAAAUUAUUUCCUUAGAAGUAGUCUUCAUUAUUAUAAAUUUGUACACCAAAAAGGCCUUGGGGAACUUUGUGCAAGUACCUCAUUGCUGAGCAAAUGGAGCUUGCUAUGUUUGAAUUUCAGAAAAUUUUCUCAUUUAAGUAGUAUGUAGAAUAAAGUCUUUUAAGAAUUCAUUUUUCUUCAUAAUAUUUACUCAAAGUUAAGAUUCAAAAAUAAGUUUUAUCUUAAAAUCAUAUUUUAAGGCAAUAAGAGAGUAAUUAGGAAGUCAACUCCCAUUGUGCUUUGUGGCUGUUAUUCUAGUAAACAUAGACAACAGUGAGCUACAUCUACAGAGAUGUCCCAAAGUAAAUAAGUUAGAGAGAUUGCAAAAUGUGUAACUGACCUUUAAAGGACAAGGUAUUAAUAAAGAAAGAAAGCUGGGCCUAUAUUAAGAAGGGACAUUGAAAUGUUGGGUAGUCAAAUAGAAAGCACUGAAAAUAUUUAAAGUGCUUUGUAGGUAAUGAAUAUUUCUUAUUUAGGUAUUGAUCCAUCUAGAAUUUUUAUAUACUUUGCCAGCUGAAACAAGAAAGUGAAGGGAUAAUCAAAUUUCAUAGUUAGUGCACAGUAAUAGAAGAAAAUAUAUCUACACCUCACCUUGCAGCAGCAGCACCUGGAAGCCCCGGCCCACCACAAAAAUGUGGUGGAGGGGUUCUUGACAAGCUAAUUUCCCUAGCCCUAGUUUGAAGCAUUAAAGUUCUGGUAGGUUGUGAAUAGAACUGGGAUAGAGUACAGUUUCAUUUUAGUGUACUUCAGUUUUUUCCACCAAAGUCCUUGUCUAAAAUAAAAGGCAUUGUUGGAAAUAUUUGAAAACGAAAGUGAUGUGUGAAAAGGAGUGUCAAGAAAAGCUCUAAGUGAUUUGGUCUGUUGAAGUAAGGUAAGAUGCUCAGAGGAAACAGUAAGAAAGGAUAAUCAUAAAAACAGUAAAAUAAGCAAAGCAAAAAUCACAAACAUGUGCGUGUGUGCACGCACACACACACAAACACACACCACACAAAUAGGUAAAUUUUAAUAUUUUCAGUGCUACCAGUUUAUAGAUAAAUUUAUCAGUAAGUAUUUUCUGCCAGGACUUAUUUAAUUAACACAGUAUCCAUAAAACUAGGAAUAAUGCCACGUGUAUUCAAUGGGAUCUUUUAUGUAUUCCAAUUCUUUUCAAAAAUGUGCCUAUUUAAAUUGAUUUGUGUUCACACGGUGCUCUUUAAAAAUUAUUGAAAUCAUCUUUGAGACUGCUAAUUGUUUCAUCAGAA